CUCAAAAAAAAAUGCAUGGCUGUCAAUAUCAACCAUGUAAUACAAAAGAAAAUUUGUUUGAUUCGUGGAAAGUGCACACCACUUGUUAUUAAACUUCACCGAAACUUCCCAAUGUCCCGGUAGGUCUAGUUUGCAAGAAGAGACUUGUUCUGUUUUGCUUGUUGAAUUUCUCUGCAGCUUUUACCUGUUGAAGUCUCUUAGUUACUUAACCGUUGAUGCUAACAUUAUUAUAUAUAUAUAGUGUGUUGCUUGUAGUUGUGUAUAAAACUGCAGGAUUGAGCUCUCAAUGGACUUACUUGGCUGGAUGCAACUAGCCAAGUGACUUGCAUUGAUGCAGCCAAUGUCUUUAUGAAAUCCAUGCAAUUUCAGAGUGAAUUAAAAACGAUCCAUACUUAUGGCAGAGAGUUCUGUAUGUUUUGUGCUGGAGAAGCUUGCAUCCAUUUUCGAAAAAGAGGUGAACCUGUUCCGAGGGGUUAGAGAAGAAGCUGUCUAUCUGAGAGGGGAGUUGGAAAGGAUGAAGGCCUUUCUCAGGACCGCAGACGUGCUGCAGGAAACUGACGAGGAGCUCAAAGUGUGGGUUAGGCAAGUGAGAGACAUUGCUCAUGAAGCUGAGGACGUUCUAGACGAAUUCGCUCUUCUGCAAGAGCAUGAUCAUGAUCGUGAUCAUGGAUAUGGAAUUUAUGGCUCUCUCCGCAGGUUGGGUUGCUGUAUUAAGAAUGCCAAAGCUAGUUAUCGGAUUGGUUCCGAGUUACAAGCCAUCAACUCAAGAGUCAAAGAGAUUGGUGAGGUUCACAGGAGACUUUGUCACAAGUUCAACAAGGCUGAUGACAGUGCAGGAAAUACAUGGCAAGAUCGUCGAGGAGAUGCCCUUCUUUUGGACAAGUAUGAUCUUGUUGGCCUUGACGAGCCCAAAAGUCAACUGGUGGGGUGGCUUUUUAAGGGCAGCUCUGGCCGUGAAGUAGUUUCGGUGGCUGGAAUGGGAGGAAUGGGGAAGACCACCUUGGCCAAGCAAGUCUAUGAUGAUCCAGAAGUCAAGAAACAUUUCAAAGUGCGUGCGUGGAUCACAGUUAACCGGUCAUUCAAAUUUGGCGACCUACUCAGAGACAUGGUUCAACAACUUUUCAAAGCAAUCAGAAGACAAGUUCCACAGAUGGUGGCGAACAUGAACAACAACCAGCUCAAGACAACAAUUAAGGAGUUGCUGCAGAAACGGAGGUACCUGAUUGUUUUGGAUGAUGUAUGGAACCUGAGUGAAUGGAAUGCUAUCAAAUAUGCACUGCCGAACAAUGAUUGCGGCAGCCGAAUUAUGCUCACUACGAGAAAAUCAGAUGUAGCCACUACCGCUGCAGGUGUACUAUCUGAAGGUAAGGCCUAUGACUUAAAGCCCUUGCCUCCUUCCGAGUCUUGGGAUCUCUUCUGCAGAAGGGCGUUUCAACAUAACAAAUGCCCUCCUCAUUUGGAGGAAAUUUGUAACUACAUCUUAAGAAAAUGCGAGGGACUUCCCCUUGCAAUUGUCGCAAUCAGUGGUGUGUUGGCAACUAAAGAUACACGUAGACUUGACGAGUGGGAUGUGGUUGCACGCAGCCUGGGGGCUGAAAUUGAGGGCAACGACAAGCUCAAUGAUUUAAAGAAAGUUCUUUCCCUCAGCUUCAAUGAUUUGCCGUACUUCCUCAAGUCCUGCUUCUUGUACCUGAGCAUAUUUCCUGAGGACCAUCUAAUCGAGCGCAUGAGACUGAUCCGGUUAUGGGUGGCAGAGGGAUUCAUAGAAGCAAAGGAGGGGAAAACACUGGAAGAGGUAGGAGAGGACUAUCUCCAGGAACUCUUGAACAGAAGCCUAAUGCAAGUGGCAACUACUACACCUGAUGGAAGGGUAAAAACAUGUCGAAUCCAUGACCUUUUGCGAGAGAUCAUCAUCUCCAAGUCAAGAGAUCAGAACUUCACCACAAUCCUGAAAGAACAAAGCUUGCAAUGGUCUGAGAGGGUUCGACGCCUAUCGAUACAUGGCACACUACAAAAUGUUCAGCCAAACAGGUCAGUGUCCCAACUGCGUUCCCUGUUCAUGUUCGGUGUCACUGAACAGCCAUCCAUCCCUAGAUUAUUCCCAAGCGGCUUCAGGCUGCUAAAUGUGUUAGACUUUCAAAACUCACCUUUGGAGAAAUUUCCAGUUGAAGUGGUGGACUUGUAUUAUUUGAAAUAUCUAAGCUUGCGGGAAACAAAGGUGGAAACUGUUCCGAGAUCUAUUGGGAAGCUUAAGAAUCUAGAAACUCUAGACCUUAAGCAUUCCAAAGUCAAACAACUUCCUGUUGAGAUAUUGAAGCUCCAUCGGCUGCGCCAUCUUCUGGUAUAUCUACAUGAGUUUGAAUCUUACGAACAUUUUCAUUCAAAGAACGGCUUUAAGGUCAUGCCAAAUAUUGGGGUUCUGCAAGCACUACAGAAGCUUUGUUUCGUAGAGGUAAACCAAGAUGGCCGAACCAUAAUAAGGGAGCUUGGCAAGCUAAAUCAACUGAGGAGGUUAGGCCUCUUAAAAUUGAGAAAAGAAGAUGGCGAGGCCCUGUGUUCGUCUAUCGAAAAGCUAACGAAUCUUUGUGCCCUGUCUAUAGCUUCAGUCAAAGAAGACGAGAUCAUUGAUCUUCAACACCUAUCUUCUCCUCCUUUGUUUCUUCAGCGGCUGUACAUGAGAGGACGUUUGGACGCAUUGCCCUAUUGGAUUCCUAUGCUCCCCAGCCUAGUCAGAUUGUCUCUUAAGUGGAGUAGGUUAAAGGAUGAUCCACUCAUCUAUCUCCAACACAUUCCUAAUCUUGUUCAACUUGAAUUAAUUCAAGCAUUCGUUGGAGACAGAUUGUGCUUCAGAGCUUAUGGGUUUGGGAAGCUCAAGAUUCUAACCCUGGACAAACUUGAUGAACUGAGAUGCAUAGAAGUGGAGAAGGGUGCAAUGGCUUGUCUUGAGAAGCUAACCAUUCAACGGUGUAAGCUCCUGGAGAAUGUGCCUUCGGGUAUUGAGCAUCUGACAGAGUUGAAAGUUCUCGAGUUUUCUAAUAUGCCGGUGGAUUUGAUGAAGACAAUUUGCACAGAUGGAAAAGAUAAUUCCAAAGUCUUGCACAUCCCGGAACUUUAUUCAACAUACUGGAGAGAAGGGGGGUGGGAAGUCUACUCCAUAGAGAGCAUGAUGGAUGGGGAGUACUGUCCCAUGCCCAGCAACCCCUUUAGCGAUGAGCUUCAAACUCGUUGGAAGUCAUGGAAGUAAUACUUACUCAUGCUGCUGGGACUGGGGAACGAGGCCUGUAGUACCAAUGUAUAUACUUGUAUAUAUAAUACAUGUAAAUGAAUACGUAAUGUGAUGCAGUUGGAUCAGAUAGAUUACCUUCGGGUUGAGGUAAUCCGUAAUGCCAGGGGCAUUCGUGUACAGAAUAACUUGGACUACGUUUAUAGUAGUGGUCUGUAAUGUAUAGCAUCUGUUGUAAAAUGAAGGUUAUAUUUACCAUGUGUAUACCUACUUCCAUUUGUCUUUCUGCUAUUUUAUUGGAGACUUUUU